AUCUUGCUCAUCUCGCGCGCGCCGCCGCCUCGAAGAUUGGACUGCGAAAUCGGGGCGCGGGCAGCCCCUCUACGCCCGCGAGCACCGGCGACGCGGCGGCCGUAGGCCCACGAGCCGCGAGGCCAAGCAGCUCCCCGUGGUUUGGGGAGCAAAGCCCUAUUUGGCACCCCUGCUGCCCAAAGCUGCUCAAAUGGCCUGCCUCGCGCCGGCCGACCGCUGGCCGGCGGACGCCGCGGCGAUGGACGCCGAGGCGCUCGACGAGCCGAGCCUGCUGCUGCCGCGCGCGGGCGGCGUCUCCCCGCCGACGACGCCGCGGCGGCGGCGCGUGAGUAGUCACGUGCGGGACUCGGACCCGCGGCGCCGCGAUUCGAUGGAGACGCCGCCGAAGCGGGCGAGCUUCGAGGAGCUGCGCGACUCGUGGGUGUCCAUGAGGCGCUCUCGAGAGUUAGUACUGGCGCGCGAGUCCGCGGAAGUCGCGGCGCCGGACGUGUCCUGGAGCGACUCCUACGUGCGCGUGACCGAUAGUGGCGAGCGCUUCGCGCCGCGGGUGUCCUUUUCCUCGUCAAAGGGGGUCGUGACGCCCUCCGCGAUUUUAGAUCGGAUCGACCGGCUCGUGCCCGUGUUGGAGCCGCCGCGGGAUCAUUUGGAGAUGUGGCUCGAUAGGAGGGGCCUCGGGGUCUACGCGAAGGCUCUCAAAUCCUUGGGAGCGCGGCGCGUCUCCGACUUGGCCCUGCUCGAAGACGAGGACCUCGACGCGAUGGGCUUCACGGCGCAGCAGAAGUGCGAGAUCCGCGUGCGCGUCGCGUGAGUUGUUGUUGCCCUUUCCCAGGAAGGGUGGCCUAAUUCUAGUUGUUUUUGAA